GUGGAAGGCAUACACGCAUUUUCUUCUAGAGCAACAUCUAUGGCUGAAAUUGAACUCUUUAAGAAAUUCCGUCUGUUUGCCAACCGUCUUUGAGAAUUUUCUAUAGACAACGUUAUUGCUUUCCAUUCAAGCAGUAAUAAGUGAAAAGGCGGUGCCGGAUGGCGUCGGACAGGAAGCUCGCCCUGAGGAAGGCGCUGGCGGACCCGUCGUGGGGCGGCGACCCGGCCCGGCAGGUGUCCUUGGACCUGGUCGGUGGUCUGCGCUCGGGCAGCCGCGAGCAGAGGGACCUCGCCCGCCUGCUUCUGCUGCGCCUCGCCGCCGAGACCCCCCAGGAGGCCGCCAACGCCAUGUCCCCAUUCUGCCUGGGCAACGCGCCCCUUGCCAGGGCCCGGGCCCUGCGCACCCUGGGGUACACGCUCCACCUGCCAGCGGGACCCGUCGUCGUGGCGCUGGCCGAUAGCGACGACUACGUCAGGAAGACGGCCGCCAUGUGCGUGGCCAAGAUGCGCGCGAUGAGGCCCGGCGUGGUAGUCUCGCUCGGGCUGCUGGGCCGGCUGAGAUACCUCAUGGACGACCCGAGCCCGGCGGUCGUCUCCAACACCGUGGCGGUGCUUUCCGAGCUCUCCCCCGCCGAGGGACUCACGCCACACGGGGCUCGCAAGCUCCUCUCCGUGCUGGACCGGUGCAACGAGUGGGGUCGCGUCUACGUACUCGACGCCCUCGGCGGAUACUCGCCCGCCGACGAGGAGGAAGCUCGGGAAAUCCGCCGGGUAGUCGCCCCGCAGCUGUCGCACAAGAACUCCGCCGUCGUCGUGUCCGCGGCGAAGGUCCUCCUGGGUCCGACGCGGUCUGAUGAAGACCCCGAGCUCGGCGGGAGGAUCGCGCGGGCGCUGGUAGCCUUCCUGUCCUCGGAGCCCGAGGUGCAGUUUGCCGUGCUGCAGUCCAUCCGGGAGUUCGCCCGCGAGCGGCCGGGGCUUUUCGCGCGCGAGGUGGGCAGCUUCCUCGUGAGGCGCGACGACCCGGCGUGCGUCAAGCUGGGGAAAUUGGACGUCUUGGGGAGGCUGGCGCGGGAGGGAGACUCGCGGCUGGUGCUGGCAGAGCUCAGGACCCAGAUCUUCGACCCCGACCCGGAGGUGGCUCGGGCCAGCGUCGAGGCCCUCGGGAGAUGCGCGGCUCUCGACGGCGGCUGCGCUCCGGAGUGCUUAAGGAUCCUGCAGGACCUCGCGCGACUGGGGGACGAACACGUCGCGCAAGAGGCCGUCGUGGCAUUGGCCCGGGUCCUGUUGACGCGCCCCGGGUCUCACGCCGCCGCCGCCGUCGUCGCGGCAGUCUGCGAAGACCUCCCCCGGCUCACGCGCGCCGACGCCAAGGCGAGCUACGCCUGGCUCGUCGGGGAGUACGCCGAGCUCGUCCCCGACCCCGGGGACUGGCUCGACGACUUCUUGGAGGGCUUCCUGCUCGAGGACCCUCCGGUGCAGCUCCAGCUGCUGACGGCCGCGGUCAAGGUCCGCCUCAAGGGCCUGGACGCCUCGCGGCACCUGGCGGCGCGCGCCGUCGACAUGUGCGCCUCGGAGGUGGGAAACCCUGACGUGCGCGACCGAGGAGUCUUCUACCAGCGACUCCUGAGCGCGGGCGCCGGACUGGCGAGGCAGGUGGUGCUGCGGCGAGAGCCCGGUGCUGAUGAAGCGAGCAAGGACUCCUUGGUGGACGUCGACUACGAGGCUCUUACGUGAAACCAAACAUCGCGAUCGUCCAUCUCCCAAUAAAAUCUUUUGACGGAUAAA